GCUGGGUGGUACCAUUGGGACCAGGCCCAGGAAGUCUGUCUUUUCUCCCUUUCCCCUUUCAGAGAUGUGCCUUGGGGAAAGAUAUAAUUAAUUAAUUAAUUUAUUUAUUUUGAGACGGAGUCUCUCUCUGUCAUCCAGGCUGGAGUACAGUGGUGUGAUCUCGGGUCACUGCAACCUCCGCCUCCCAGGUUUAAGCAACUCUCCUGCCUCAGCCUCCCAAAUAGCUGGGAUUACAGGCACCUGCCACCACACUCAGCUAAGUUUUUGUAUUUUUAGUAGAGAUGGGGUUUUGCCAUGUUGGCCAGGCUGGUCUCAAACUCCUGACCUCAGGUGAUCCGGGAGAAAGGUAAAAUUUAAAUCCUGCUGUCUAUUUUCAAGUCACAAAGAACAAACUUUUACUAUGUUUCAGAAUUUGGAAAACUUAGGUCUGCAAAUAAGAAGUCUGUCAUAACAUCUUGCCUUUAUUGUUUAAUAGAGCAUCUGAGAAUAUUGAUGAAAAAUUAUUCCACUUCUUACUUUGCAGCAGCCAAAGCUUCUACCCCAAACAGAAUGUCCCCUGCUCUGGGUCCCGAAGAUGGCAUAUUCAUAAAGAUAUCUUCUGAUGAUUGUGAACAUCUUUACCUGUGGGUGCCAGGCCGGGCCAGUGACUUCGUGUUGAGCUGAAGGAACUUGUCUACUGCUUCCCUGAAAACCUUUCUUUCCUAAUUCAUGAGCCAGCAAGAUGCAGUCGCUGCACUUUCAGAGCGCCUUCUCAUAGCUGCGUACAAAGGCCAAACAGAGAAUGUGGUUCAGCUCAUCAACAAGGGCGCCAAGGUAGCGGUUACCAAGCAUGGCCGGACUCCCCUGCAUCUUGCUGCCAAUAAGGGCCAUCUUCCUGUGGUCCAGAUCUUGCUGAAGGCUGGCUGCGACCUCGAUGUCCAGGAUGAUGGGGACCAGACCGCCUUGCACCGGGCCACAGUGGUCGGGAACACAGAGAUCAUCGCGGCACUCAUCCACGAGGGGUGUGCCCUGGACAGACAAGACAAGGCGGGGAACACGGCUCUGCACCUGGCCUGCCAGAACAGCCACUCCCAGAGCACGCGCGUCCUCCUGCUGGCCGGGUCCCGCGCUGACCUCAAAAAUAAUGCAGGAGACACCUGUUUGCACGUUGCUGCGCGCUAUAAUCACUUGUCCAUCAUUAGGCUCCUCCUCAGUGCUUUCUGUUCUGUCCAUGAAAAGAACCAGGCUGGAGACACAGCACUUCACGUUGCUGCUGCCCUAAAUCACAAGAAGGUGGCCAAAAUCUUACUGGAAGCCGGAGCAGAUACGACCAUUAUUAACAAUGCAGGCCAGACUCCGCUGGAGACUGCGCGCUACCACAAUAACCCGGAAGUUGCUCUUCUCCUUACUAAAGCUCCCCAGGUCUUGCGCUUCAGUCGUGGGCGAAGCCUGAGGAAAAAGAGAGAGAGGCUCAAGGAAGAGAGGAGAGCCCAGUCUGUGCCAAGAGAUGAGGUGGCCCAAAGCAAGGGCAGUGUCUCAGCAGGAGACACCCCCAGCAGUGAACAGGCUGUGGCCAGAAAAGAAGCAGCCAGAGAAGAGUUCCUGUCAGCCUCCCCAGAACCCAGAGCAAAGGAUGACAGGAGGAGAAAGUCAAGGCCCAAGGUAUCAGCAUUUUCUGACCCCACCCCACCAGCCAACCAACAGCCUGGACACCAGAAGAACCUGCAUGCUCAUAAUCACCCUAAAAAGAGGAACAGGCAUCGGUGUUCAUCCCCGCCCCCACCCCAUGAGUUCAGAGCAUACCAGCUCUACACAUUGUACCGGGGCAAGGAUGGGAAAGUGAUGCAGGCACCAAUAAAUGGUUGUCGAUGUGAACCUCUAAUCAACAAGCUGGAGAAUCAGUUGGAGGCUACUGUGGAGGAGAUAAAAGCAGAGCUGGGAUCGGUUCAGGACAAAAUGAAUACAAAGCUGGGGCAGAUGGAGAAUAAGGCCCAGCACCAAAUGCGUGUUUUGGACAAGCUGAUGGUUGAGCGACUCUCUGCGGAGAGGACGGAGUGCCUGAACCGCCUGCAACAGCACUCAGACGCGGAGAAGCACGAAGGGGAGAAACGGCAGAUCUCCUUGGUGGAUGAAUUAAAAACUUGGUGCAUGUUAAAGAUUCAGAAUCUGGAGCAGAAGCUUUCUGGAGAUUCUAGGGCUUGCAGAGCUAAAUCCACACCAUCUACUUGCGAGUCCUCUACAGGUGUGGAUCAAUCAGUGGUGGCUGCAGGUCCAGCAGCAGCUUCUGACAGCUCCCCUCCAGUGGUUAGGCCCAAAGAAAAGGCCCUCAACUCCACUGCUACCCAGAGACUCCAGCAGGAGCUGUCGUCUUCUGACUGUACAGGCUCUCGACUGAGGAACGUCAAGGUCCAGACAGCCUUGCUACCCAUGAAUGAGGCAGCCAGAUCUGAUCACCAGGCUGGGCCCUGUGUCAACAGAGGCACUCAAACUAAGAAGUCGGGGAAGAGUGGGCCAACAAGGCAUCGUGCCCAGCAACCCACAGCCAGUGGCACCUGUGGGCAGCCGCCACCAGCAGCAGGCGGCGAGCAGACUGGCCCUCACAUUCGGGACACCUCCCAAGCUCUGGAGCUUACCCAGUAUUUUUUUGAGGCUGUUUCUACCCAGAUGGAAAAGUGGUAUGAAAGGAAGAUUGAAGAAGCACGAAGCCAAGCCAAUCAGAAAGCCCAGCAAGACAAGGCUACACUGAAGGAACACAUUAAAAGUUUAGAAGAGGAACUUGCCAAACUAAGGACUAGGGUGCAGAAGGAAAAUUAGCACCAAUAAAGAGGAAACACGAAAGGAUUCUUGAAGAUUUCCAGUUUUGCAACUGCAUAACAGCUAUGCCCAAGGAGUCAUCUAUUGUAUAUAUUGCAGAUUGGCCUUUUUUAAAAAAAAUCACUAAUUCUACAAUGUGCCAGGUACUUGUAUCCUAUGCCCGGAAGUUAUGAAGACCUCAACAAUUAAACUGAAACCAGGGGAAGCUUGCUUAGUUUUGGGUUUCAUUAUAAACUCUUAGCCUUAGUCCAGGUUAAUCUGAAGUUUGAAAGCUCAGAUUAAGCAAGCCAUGCCAAGAAACUGGAUGAUGUGUAAGCCUAGACUCUAAAAUUCAAGAUGUGUGAAAUGAUAUAAGUCAAAAGCAAGAAAAACUUAAUCCUGUCUGAACUCAAGUAGUCAUUCAUAUAAAUUUGAACACACCUGCUGUGCCUAGACAAGUGUCUUUCUGUAAGAGAGCUGUAACUCUUGAGAAGUGCUAAAUAAACCCUCUUUCUCAAAUUUGUAAUUCUCCAACUGUUGACAUUUUAAUCCAUGAAAAGUUAUUAGAUUUUUGAGGAGAAAUAUUUUCAUGAUGUCACAAGAUCCAAUAUAUCUUAUGAUAACAUUUAUUGAAAAGUCAGUUUAUUUAAAUAAUGAAUAAUUGGCUAACAGCUCUGGAAACAAUGAGAUCAAAUGAGAAAGAUUCAAAUUGUUUGAUAUUUUCUGUAUUUUCAGUCAAAAAAAUCAGUUAUAGUGAUUUUAAGGCAGAUUAAUGGAAAAAACAUUCAUGUAACAAUUACCUGAAGAUUUAUAACCUAUUCCUAAUCAAACCGAAUUAUAUCAGAAUACCUUUCUGAAUUUGAGAUGAUUGCUCUCCAUUUUAUAAAGUAUAAGGCUAUUUUUUGAAAGUAUUUCAUUUUGAAUUGUCAGUAAAGAACCUCAAAAGCUUUCUACUGCUUUGCAGUGACUAUGUCAAGGCAAAAUAUUCAAUAACUCAACUGAGGCCCCACUGUUCCCCAGCUUCAUGGAGGCCUGAAGACUUUACUUUGUUCCAUAAUGAAAUACAAACGCAGAAACAAAGUUGUAAAAGUAGCUUGGAUAUGUGGAAACUUUGGACAAGCUUCUUGUCCUUUGGAAUAUGGGAUUUAUAUUCAUCUCCUCAAUAUCCCAUGUAUGCAUAGAAACUUCAAUUCUAUUUCUAUAGACACAGGAACCUAGUGACUAUUGAAUGUAAUUGUGAAUACAAUGCUGCUCAUUGAGCCAAAGAGAAGAAGUGACUUACUAACAUGAGGACCCAAGGAAAACAAAGUAUGCAUUUAUUCCCUUUGUCAAGCUCACAGUUUUGGGUUUUGUUUUGUUUUUUUUUUUAAUAAUGACAAUCCCUAGAUAUAGACAUUCCUAAAAGAAAAAAAAUAUAAUUCAGUACAUACAUGUCACUGUUACAGACCUGAAUAUGGAAUGAAUUUGGUGUUUUUGUUUGAUUUUGUUGAGAUAGGGUCUUGCUCUGUCACGCAGACUGGAGUGCAGUGGCGUGAUCACACCUCACUGCAGCCUUGGCCUCUCAGGCUCAAGCGAUCCUCCUGCCUCAGCCUCGCAAGUAGCUGGGACUACAGGCAUGUGCCACCAGUCCCGGUUAAUUUUUUGUAGAUAUGGGGUCUCAACAUAUUGCCCAGGCUGAAUUUGAUGUUCUUUCAAGUUGAUUUUCUUGUGUUUGAGAGCUUGUCUUGUUCUCAACUACUACGCAGGUAGACAGUCUUCCCCCAGAGACUCACUAGAUUGCAAUAUAGAGGCACUUUCUCAUUUCCCUAUUGUUCCUAAUACAGAAUUGUAAAGCUGGAGAGUACCUUCAGUUUUCUAAAUCUAUUCUCAAACAGGAUAUCACUAAGCUCUUUAGAAUCAUUCCUCAGUAUACAUCAAUUUAUUGAGAACUGCCUAAUACUCAAAAGAAAUGAAAUCCUGAGUUCAGUAAGCUGUGUUCCAAGCCGCAAUUAUUUUCACUUACCAAAAUAUCUCCUGUUACCUCAAGGUGUCCUUGUUGAUGAAUGCUGAAAACUAAAUUUUAAGUAUAAAGUCUAGACCAUAGAGUGCUUUGGUGGGAGUAUUUUGAUUAUAUACCUCCUGCCCGUCAGAAGCAGGCAGCUAAUACUGUGAACUGAGUAUUUUUGUCAAAAGUCACAGGGAAGAGACUACAGAAGAAUGAGAAAGGUCCAAUGGACCUAGUGUGGGCUGACUACAUGGAUCUUGUCUCUUGGAGGUCUGUUGUAGAAGAGAAAACACAUAGAGGUGAAGACACAGAACAUGCUCAGCAUCCUUACCCAGAGAUGGCAACAUCUAUUAAGACCAAUGCAAUACCUUUUCAUCUUCAACAAAUGUUGUUUCGUCUGUUUUUGAUCCUUGGCAUUGUCAAAAACUUAACUGCAGGUCCAGUGUAUAUUUUUCCUUAUUUUUCCCUUUUAGCUGUCUGCUAAAAUGAGUAAAUGCCACAACUGUACUUUUCCAAAGAAACAGAACUAUUGACAAUUUAUAGCCUGUCAUGCAGGUCAUGUUUCAAAUCAAGGCUGAAAUUUUCAACAGCUAUGGGAAAAAUUAAUGUAAAACAGAAACAUUGUACAGUAUUAGUGUUUUUUAAAAGAAAUUGUAAGUGCAUUAUUGAGUAUACUAAAUAUCUGUGAAAGAUUAAAUGUAUUAGUUCUAAUCUUACUUUUGAUUUCGGGAGCCCAAAAUAAAGGAAGUGUUGUUUUCACGGUUA